AUGGGUUUUCUCAAAAUGGACGAAGCUCCCGGUUAUCAUCAUGCAAUUGUACUCUCUCCGGCCACAUACGCUCGACAUAUGUUCCCUGAGGAUAUAGCUAGAAAUGAGGCAUUUUGGAAAAGUGAAGAUUCUGCUUGGCAUCUUGCCACACAGCUGAUGAGUCGUUAUUCCACUUUGAAUGUGCUUGGAUUUCGUGCCUCCUUUCCAAUCCCACCGGAUGUUUGGUCGGAUGCAACUAAACUGAACGCAUGCUUCUUCUCACAGGCCAGUCGAAUUAUCAUACUGGUUCCCAGCGAUGCGGAAUCACACAUUGUCACAUUCAGUCAAACGUGCCUGUGUCCUCUGUUGACCAAGACAGAAGAACAGGGAGGUCAUCCCGAGUGGAGAGAACGAUUUGUCGCCGCAGUCAUAGGAAACGUGAGGGUUCCCACAGAAUUGGCUCCUGGAGUUCCUUUUAUUAAAGUUGUUCGAUUCAGAGAAAUCGGUUGGGUACGUGAUAUCACUGCCAUGAUGUUGUUGCAACGCGCCAUCCAAGAAUUUUGGGUUCCAUCUCAUGCGAGAACCGGUCCAACGCGUCCCUAUUGGAACUGGGCCGGGGGCAAUGCACAAUCCAGCUGUCAGUUGAGUGAGACCAUAGAGACCAAAACCGUCCUAGGUAUGUGCACACAUGUGAGUGGUCAGAUGGAAACUCCAGCAACGAACACGUCUGACCUCGGACGGUCAAAAAGUGUGGACAGUCGUUGCUCAUCUAGUCGACGCAGACGGCGGCGACGACACCAACAAGAACACGGCGAUCAGACUGUGACAAGCCGUAGCCGAUCCCGUUCACAACAUUCCAGCAGUUCUGGCUAUCGCAGUUUAGAUCCGGAAUUCGAAGCGCAGCAGACGGAAGAACUGAUAGUGGACACUAGAGUAAUUAAUGUUCUGGAUGGAACCCAGCCAAUCUAUCUUGUGGAUGUAAUGCGCAAUGCGAGUGCAGCGCAAAAAGUGGAGAAUUCACAUGCUUCUAAAUUGGAAGAAUCACAUAGCAAAGUAGUAUCUAAAUCAGAGCAUACGGAAACAAACUCAGUCAGUGAGAAUCUUUCGACAAAUGUUGAAAUGACAACAACUGUGGAACCACAUGCCGAUCCCAGUGUGCUUCGCUCUGAUUUGCCUAAGAAGCCGCCCAAACCAGAUGUGGACGAGUUGUCUUUUGAGGGAACCAGUGUCACAAAAGACGAAGAAGACACAGGUUCACACGAAAUAGAUAAUCCCGGUUCCUUCUCCGAACCUAAAAGUUUGAUUGAGAGAAAAACUAUCAAAGAUGAAACCGACCCUCUGGAGGAUACCAGCUUGAGUGAAAAAUCCACUCUGAAGCCCGCACGUGAAGUCGAUAAGGUCAUCGACGAUAACUUAUCUUACGACCACUCUCAAAAAAUGACUACAUCAGUAACUAAAUACGAUGCAUCCCUGUCUGAAUCCAGCCAAAAUGUUGUGCUCUCUAAUCAGAAGGAACAUUUGAAUGAUCGAUUCUACAAACCCGAUCAAGAGGGCGCCACAAAAUUGAAAAAUUGGUCACAAAGAGUCGAAACAGAGUUGCAAAGUUCGGUUACCACUAAUAGGUAUGAUAAGAAAAAGUCACUAGGUUGCAGCGAUCGCAUGGUCAGUAAACAGGCCUGUGGUGUACCUCCGGAUAGAAUGAACGAAGGAGUUGAAUGUCGACAAAACUCCCCCAUUCUUGUAUCCAGAUCGGAAGGUGACAGGUUGAAAUCACCUCCUCCACCGCCGUUACCACCUAAAACUAAGGCCAGUUUUAUUUUCUCGCAAAUGUUUUACACAAAGCAGAAAGAUAAACAAAAUAGUGUGGAGUUUCCUCUGCCUUAUAUUAAUUCAGAUGGAGUGUUUAAAAAACAGGAAACACUAAUGUCCAUGCGAGAAACCGAUAAGCAAAUCGCUUCACAUGAACCAGAGGCAUCAAACAAACCCAUUUGCUCCGAUACGACUACGGAACGAGAGGACAGUGAACAAAAGCGAGAAACCGAACCUAAUAGAAGUCCCCCUGUCAUUGGUAAACAUUGUUGGGGUGUUGUUAAUACUGAAGGCCCGUUGAUUCAAAAAUCAUGCAUUGAUUUUUCAUCUUUUUCCUAUGAGGAGAAAAGGAAUGAUGUCAGCGAACUUGAUAGCCUAGAUGCAUCGCUGGUCUCCCCUAUCAUUGCUCAGAAAUCUUCAGUUACCGCUACACCAUCGCCUCAAAUGAGCAUGUCUACAACCACAAAUCACCAAGAUAUACAAAAAGAUAGUUCGCUCGUACAAUCAAAGACAGAGCCAUUGUCUGUUGUUCAUCACAUUCCCGUAGUCCUGGCACCCACCGUAAAUCAAGCUCCAGAUCAGAUCAAGCCCGUACACGAAAUGUCCACAAAACCAACACUAAUCUCCCAACCUGUGAGCGUACAAACUCGAUCACCUCCAGUUAACGUUGAGCGAGUGGUUACCGUAUCACCGAAUCAGAGUGGUAGUCCUUCGCUCAGGAAGAAACACGUAUCCUACUCAACCGAGACGAUCACGUGUGAACAUACCAUCUCGGAGUGUACGGAAAUAUCCAGUAGGUCUAUGCCAGCUGCAAAACGCUUGCCACUGUUGCUCGAACAUCAGACAGACGCCGCACAACGCUCCAGUCCCCAUGUCCCAAUUCGUGCGCGAUCUACCACACCGGAACAAGUGGGACCCAGCUGGAUUCCACCACGCAGUAGAACCAUAUCUGAGGAGUGUGAACUGACAUCAAGACGUAACUUACACAGUAGCAUCACUCCAUCCGGUCGAGUUUUGUACUUCCGAUCCGCCGCACCCAGUCGAGUUUCCGGUAAAGAUUUCGGAUCUUAUAAACUCCCCAGAUCACUGAGCUCCAGUCGUGUUCGAUUGGCUGAACCUACUGUCCUCACUGGAAGCCUAUCAGAAUCUCCUAACGUGAAGUCUAGACCACGAGUACACAUUUAUCCAUCCCCCUGGCGCCCAAUUUAUGACGAAACCGUAGCAGAUGCUACCACCCAAAUGGCCGGACCACUGGCCACGGGCUACAUGGAAUCGGAAGGAGUAAGGUGUUAUGCAUUUACCGGAACGCACUACCGAAAAACCACAUCUCCUACUCCUCGUCUAGUUGUGUACAAGGACACAAGUGUUUGGACUGGACCUGAUGCAACAGAAACCUAUCGAUUGGAAGUUAUGUUUGCAACCCGGGCAAGGAUCAAAAGCCCUCGGCAACAGAGUCUGCUAGUACAGUCGGUUCCGAUGAAGGUAGACCACAUUGAUGUGGUGGAUGCGAAACCGAGUGAAUUACAGGCUUUACCUGUCUCGUCCACAGCCCCGGAUCAGACGAAACCCAGUCCCACUUCGUCCGAGUUGAGUGUGGCGAAAUCGCGUGAAAAACUUAUCGAUUGGAAAACCAUUUUAUUGUUCAUUCUUUCGUGUUUUGUGGCCCUGAUUGCUCUCACAGUGGCCUAUUUCUGUCUCUUCUCCGAUCCGGACAAUGAAGAAACCGAUCAAACAGGCACUCGGGCCUGGUUUCAGACAUUCACUUCUCGACUCUGGCGCCAGUGA